UUGGGAGGGAAUAAAGAAUUUUUGUGGGCUCCCCCCUCGGAGGGGGAGCGGUAUACCUUUUUUUUCUUUCUUCCCGCUGUUUAAGAGACGAUUGGGGAUGGAGGUCUCGGAUGAAGUGAGAGAGGAUAAUGGGUAUCAGGCCACAGAUUCAGAUCAAUUGAUCAAUAAUCGCGUCAAGACUGGCUUGUCGGAGAAGGACUUUGACAAAAUCAUCAAGGAAAUUAAUACCGAGAGACCGAAAGAGAAAGAAGCAUGGACUGUGGUGCGUCAUGGGGACCGUAGUUGUGCAAAGAGGCGAAAAACGGGAGAUGCAAAUAAUCCGGAAGACGUAAAGAAAAAUAAAAAGGAAAUGUGCAAUAGCAGGGGUAGCGAUCUUUUAGUUAAUCAAGCUUCCGCGAAUUUAGAUGCGUUUACAGGUGCCCACGCAGUACCGGCUGAUGACGCACGUGAUCCAGGCAUGCUCAACUCACAGGUGCCGCCUGUUAUUACACGUGAUAUGGAGAUGCGCAACACGCAGGCUACGGUGGAAAGAGAGAUAUACAGGAUACGGACACACAAAGAACGCAUGUAAGAGCGAGACGAAAUGUAUUAUAUGUGGUGACAAG